ACGCAAAGCUUUGGGUAGCCAACGGCAACGUGUUAAAGUUGUAAGACCGCCCAGAUGGAAUUUCUCUAGCCCAUCUUUUUCACGAUUAAUUCAUCCAUUAAUAGUUGAACUUGAAAGUUGAAACCCUCCCCCCAAUCUCUCUCUCUCUCUCUCUCACACACACCAGAGCCCAGAGCCGGAAGAGAAGUUGCCCAUUUUGUUCACGGCUGACCUCUACUCAUCUCCUUUGUUUCUUCCAUGAUCUGCUACGAUGUUUGGUGGAGCUCUCCGUUGCUGUUUCCCGUUUUCUGUUUUCCUACAAGGUGUUCGUUGAAAGUACUGUGAGAGAGAGGGCGUACGCGCUUCACUACUAUGCCUUUUGUUAAAGAAUAAAGAUCCUCCUCUACUUAUCUGUUUUCCCUCAAGGUGGUCGUUGAAAAUAUUGCGUGUGUGUGUGUGUGUGAGAGAGAGAGAGAGAGGGUGUAGUUAUCUACCUAGUUGCUCAUCCCAUGAUCCGCUAUAAGAUGUUUUUCCUGGGUUCUUCUGUUUUCUCUCGAGGUGUUCGUUGAAAAUACUGUGAGAAAGAGAGAGGACGCGCGCGCUGCGCAUGUCACUGUGUCACACUGACUGACCUUGUUUCGCUUCGUAUUUCUGAAAGAACUUCACUUCAAAUCUUCAAUAUUAGACGUACACGUGGUGUAUGAAUAAAUGAUAAAAUCGCGUAUUUUACCGUAUAUCUAUAAAGUUCGCUGUGAAUUCGCAUACUAUACGGGUAUAAUACGAGAAUUUAGUAAUUGUUUUAUCACAGAAUCGUCGUUAUUCAAAGAACACCGACAUACCUUUGAGCCCAGGGGAGCGAAAAUGGGAUCUCUCCCGCCAUCUCCGGACAUCUUCUCACCCCCUAAAGAAACACAGACACAAAUUAACCCUAACGAACUUCUCAAUCUCUUCAAAUCACAGCAGAAAUAUCUUAAUUUCUUCUUUCAGAACCUCGAUCUCUCUCAGACCCUGACAUUCACCCAGACCCUGUUGAAUGCCAAAGGUACAAUCUUCUUCACCGGUGUUGGAAAAUCUGGCUUCGUCGCCCAAAAGAUCUCUCAGACCCUGGUUUCUCUCGGCAUCAAAUCGGGUUUCUUGUCUCCCGUCGAUGCUCUCCAUGGCGAUAUCGGCAUUCUGUCCCAAUAUGAUCUUCUUAUUUUCUUUAGCAAGUCUGGGAACACCGAGGAGCUACUCAGAUUGGUGCCCUGUGCCAAGGCGAAAGGGGCGUUCUUGAUCUCCGUCACGUCGUUGGAGGGGAAUUUGCUGACGAGUGUUUGUGAUAUGAAUGUACAUUUGCCUUUGGAGAGAGAAUUAUGCCCUUUCGAUCUAGCGCCGGUGACUUCAACGGCAAUUCAGAUGGUUUUUGGAGAUACGGUGGCGAUUGCUCUAAUGGGUGCGAAGAAUCUGACAAGGGAUGAGUACGCAGCGAAUCAUCCCGCUGGGAGGAUUGGGAAGAGCCUUAUUUUUAAGGUAAAGGAUGUUAUGAAAAAGAAAGAGGAGCUUCCAGUGUGCAGGGAAGAAGAUUUGAUCAUGGAUCAACUAGUAGAACUCACAAGUAAGGGAUGUGGAUGUCUACUUGUUGUUGAUGAGUGCUACCAUCUUAUUGGGACUUUUACUGAUGGUGAUCUGAGGCGAACCCUCAAGGCGAGUAAAGAGGGUAUCUUCAAGCUCACCGUGGGAGAGAUGUGCAACAGGAACCCAAGAACAAUUGGUCCUGAUGCAAUGGCGGUGGAAGCCAUGCAGAAGAUGGAGUCCCCACCAUCACCUGUGCAAUUCCUACCUGUCAUUGACCAUCAAAACACUAUGAUUGGUAUUGUCACAUUACAUGGAUUGGUGUCAGCAGGCCUGUGAAUCAGUGUAUUGUGUUGUUUUCCGUCCAUGUUAUGAUUCUUUGUGCCUUUUAAUGUUGGGAUCUUCUGUUCUUAGUGUUCAGUAUUCAAGAAAUGUGAAAGUUAUCUAAACCUAUUCAUCAUUUUGUCAA